CAUACACUCACCCACAAUAACAAAAAAACACAAGAUGUCGAAGUUAUCGUUCCGUGCCCGCCACUUGGAUCCGUCCAAGCAGAUGCCCAUCUACUUGGCCGAAGAGCUGCCCGAUCUACCCGAAUAUUCAGCCAUCAAUCGGGCUGUGCCGCAAAUGCCCAGCGGCAUGGAAAAGGAGGAGGAAUCAGAGCAUCAUCUGCAACGAGCCAUCUGCACGGGUUUGAUCAUACCCACUCCCGAGGUUCUGCAAACAAAUCAACCCUUCUAUGAUGCCUACUAUCCGCCGGAUUAUAAAAUGCCACGCCAAAUGAUUCAUAUGCAGCUGCUUGGUUUGGAUACCGAAGUGCCGGACUAUGAUAUGGAUAGCGCCGAUGAGGAAUGGCUAAAUCAACAACAGCGUCUAGAUCUAAACGAACUUAAAUUCGAACAAAUGAUGGAUAGGCUAGAGAAGAGUUCGGGACAAACUGUUGUUACCCUCAACGAGGCCAAGGCGCUGCUCAAUAUGGAUGAUGAGACAAAUAUUGCUGUCUACGAUUAUUGGCUCAACAAGCGGCUGAAGAUGCAACAUCCUCUCAUACUCACUGUCAAGACAGAGAGUCGUCCUGGCGCUAGCUCCAAUAAUCCAUAUUUGGCAUUUCGUCGACGAACUGAGAAAAUGCAAACCCGCAAAAAUCGCAAAAACGAUGAGGCCUCCUAUGAAAAGAUGCUGAAGCUAAGGCGUGAUCUACAGCGUGCCACAACCAUAUUGGAAAUUGUGAAAUGUCGUGAGGAAACGAAACGAGAUCACUUAAAAACGACAGUGGAAAUAUUCGAGAAACGUGUAGAAUUGCGUGACUUCAAUGGUGCUGUGUACAAUGAGCUGAAUGCUCAAUAUAAGAACUCGAGACCCGCGUAUAGUUCAAUGUAUACGAAUCAAUACUCACAAGGCUCACAAGUAGCAGUUGGAGGAGCAGCCGGUGCUGGGCAAACGGCAACGGGUGCUCUAUUGGCUGCAGCAGGAGGUGGCGCCAUGGGUGUCCUACCAGCAAUAGCAGCAGCGGCAUCGCAGUACCUGACAGCGUCUAAUAUGACAAUGGAUAACAUCAAUGCUGGCAGUGGAGGAGUCAAUCAUGGCAGCAGUUCCCGCAAGGAGAAGAGGCCGUAUAAGAAGCGUAAACAUAAAUUGCCACGGGAUAAACAUUCGCAUCAAUCGCAGCAGCAGCAACAACAGCAGCAGCAACAACAACAACAGCACCAGCAACCUCAUAAUCAACAUUCACACACACAGCAGCCGCAUUCACAACAGCAGCAACAGUAUUUGCCUGGUUUGGCUCAAUCUUCGAACGCAUCAGGCGCCUCUCCUGCCCAUCAUUUAUCGCAUUUGCAUCAUUUGAAUCGCCAGAGUGCUUCACCAGCCGCUGGCAUCGAUUCAAAUGUCGACAGUGAAGAAGAUGAUUAUCUGGGUAGCGGUGGAGGUGGAGCCACCAACGGCAAUCGCAUGGGAUCCGAGAGUGAAGAGGAGGCGCCAUUUGCAUUUAGACGCAAGCCAACUUGUAAUUACCUGCGGAUACGUCAAAGAGAGGGCCAUUGGCCCUGGGAAACUCCCGAUGAUGAGCUGGAGCCGAAGGAUAUUGUGUCGGCCGAUGCUAAAUAUCGUUAUACGCUUACAUCUCUGAACUAUCCCAGACCCCGCUGCAUUGGUUUUGCCCGUCGACGACUUGGGCGUGGUGGACGUGUCCUCUUGGAUCGCGCUUCAACGAAUUUCGAUGAAUUUUGGUCACAACUGGACUACACCGUAAUGGAGAGUGUAGUUACCGACAGCUGCAGUGGACCGAAGCAGGUGAAACAAGAGCGCGGAGAGCAACAGCUGCUGGCUAAGCCGUGUUCGCCACCCACAGUUGUGGAUCUGGUACCUAAACCGGCCGCUCUGAAUGAGAGUAAUAACCAAAUGUUGUUGCCGCCCGAUCUGGUUAAGAAAGAGGUGUCAAUGGAUGCAGAGAAACCUAGCCUGCCUGCAGAAUCAGUUGGGGAUCACAUCAAGAACGUUGAUCAGGACGAGGAGGAGGAGGAAGAGGAGCUGGAACACGAUGAGGAUGACUUGCUCACAGAAGAUGAGAAUGUAUCCCGUUUGAGUAUAUAUAGUUCGGCUGUGACGUUGCCACAAAGUCCCCAUGACUUGCGUCUAAAGAGACGACGUCGUUUGCGUCGAAAGAAACAACAAAUGAGAGAAAUGAAUGCUGCUAAAAGGAUGAAGGCUGCCGCUUCGGAGGAUACAAAUGGAUUGGGAGAAGAAGCAGCAGCAGCCGGAAGCAUGAAACCUAUUUUGAAACCCCUGCCCAAGUUAUAUUUACAUCGUUUGCUUAUGGCAAUGAAUUCCUUUGAUCGUCAGCAUAUCAAAGAGGAAAAGGACAAGGAGCAGGAGCAACAGCAGCAGCAGCAGCAAGCAGCGACGUCAGAUGGUGACAAGACAAAAGAUUCAGAUGUGGCGGAUUCUGUUAAUCAGGAUAUGGAGUCAGAGCUGGUGCCGCGUGUUAAUCAUCAGCAUCAACACCAUCACCACCGUUCCAAUAACAACAACAACAACAACACCGUGUUGAACAACAACAACAACAACAAUAGUAGUAGUAAUAGUAAUAUGAAUAAGAAUGUUAGCAUUAGCGAAAAAUUCAAUGUGAUAAAAAUGGAGGCCCAGGACGAUGAGGAUGAGGAUGUUAAUCAGCGGCAUGAGCUAUCAGAGGCAGUCAGUGGCGGAGAUACUGUUUCUGUGAUAGAUGAGCAGCCAGUGGCCUCCACAUCGGCAGCAGCAGCAGCCGCCAGGGCGGCAGAAGCAGCAGCUGCCGCUGUUGCUGGAGCAGCAGUUUCGGCUGGCUCUCUGGAACUGGAGGAAGUGGCCAAGACGAUAAAACGUGAAUUAAUCGAUGCCGAUGACUCCAAUGAGCCAUUAAGUAGCAUAAGAACAUUAGCCACCGCUUCAGCCUCGACCCAGCCAACAACAACGUCUCAAACUCAAUUGGAGCCCGAUUCUGAUCCCAUGGACGAUGAGGCCGAGGAUGAUGUCAAUCUGGCGCAAUUGAGUAACAUAAUUAGGCAUACGGCUGUUAAAAAGGAACUGCAGGCUCAGCAGCAGAAGCAACAACAGGAACAGUAUCACCGAGCUCAGGCUCGGGAACGUGAGGAGGAUGAUUACAAAUUCUCAUCAUCCUCAUCCUCAACAACAUACAAUCAGAUGCCCGAUGUCAUACGCUUGAGAAAUCUUCGAAAUGCCAGACAUUUGCAUAUCGAAGCCCCUACACCACCCAUUGAAGAUGUGGGCCUCGAUAUGGACUACCUGGGUGGAUUGUCACCCACCUCCAGUCAACGUUUGGAUAUCUGCAAUGAACUACUAUCCGAGAUUCGUCGAGAUUGGUUGCACUUUCGACCCAAAACGCCGACAGAUGAGCUAUCCGACGAGGCGGAGACCGAUGAUAUGGACAGUAAAAACGGAAGAGUGGUGGAUUGGACACAGGAUACUCCUAUUAGCGUAGAGCUAAAUCGUCUAGUCGACGACAGGCGUAUCCAGGACGCGGAUCCAGAGGCUGGCUCCUAUUUCCUGACUAGCGCAUUUAAGUUCACAGAUCUCGAUUCAGAUGCACAGCUCCUGCAACCGGUAAUUGCCGGCCAGCAAGAUGAUGCCCGUGGCUGUAGUAAGAGUCCCAAUUUGUCGGGUUCCGGUUCUGGUUCGGCUCUGGAAUUCAAUCUCAGUGGCGGGGAUUCGCUUAACGAUAUCAACAAUCUGUUGGGCGAUGCCGAUGAAGAUGACACUGAUGAGCAUAUGCUGGAUAACAUUCUACAGGAAUGCGCCAUGGAUGAUCCCAAGGCUCUUAAUCAGGCCACUAACUUUUGGAAUGGCAUUUUGGAUGGCGAGGCGGCUGUCGAUGAGGUGGAUGAAACAGCUGCGGAUCAGCUACUCGAUUGCAUGACGGAAAAGAAACUCAAAAUGGGUAAUGGUGGUGGUGUUGGUGGUGCUGGAGUUGGAGAAUCUGCAUCCAGGCGCGCUGGACGCCAGCGAAAAGCAAGACUAGCAAGUAGCCCGAUAGGUAGUUCUACAUUCACAGUAUGCCCAACGGUGAAUUCUCUUCGAGAGAGUGAAAUCUUCUUUAGCCAGGUGAAAGAGGUCACCAAAGAGGAGCCACCACAGGCCACGGAGGAAACGUUGGUGCCAUCUUUGGCUUGUAUGCUGCCGGUUAAGGAGGAGAAGGAAGAGAUUACUACAUCGGAUGUAAUGGUGCCAUCGACUCCAUCCUCUAUACCCGUUGUGGCUACUCCUGUUGCUACUGUCGUUCCUCCUCCGCCUCCUCCCUCACUAAUUCAUAUACCCGCCCAGAUUAUUAGCCAAAAACCGACGCCACCGACGCCAACAAACACGUCUACACCAACUCUCACUGCAGUUUCAGUUCCGGUUCCGGCUCAGCCUCAGCAGCAGCAGCAACAAGUGACGCAAUUGCUCAAUCAAAUUGCCCCUCAGAUAAUAGCCCGAACGGAAUACAGCGGUGGAGCAGCAGUUGGUGACAUUGUGACCAUUACACCUCAUCUGAGUAGCACUCCAUUGACGACAUCUUCAUCCCCUGCGUCAUCCUCCGCCUCCCCAUCCGCCACUCUGACGGCCCAGCAGCAAUUGCAGCAUCAAUUGGCUCAGGCUCAACUUCGGAAUGUGACUGUGCAGCAGAGACAGGCUACGCCUCAACAACAGCAGCAGCAGCAGCAGCAACAACAACAACAAACUGUCCAACAGCAGCAGCAACCACAGCAACAGCUUCUCUUCCAAAUGCAGCGAGAGAUUAGCACCACACCAAUGAUCACCUCGUCCACACGAUCCCUAACACCGCUCAGUGCUGGCACUGGCAAUCAUAUGAUCUAUACCACCAGCAGCGGUGAGCUAAUCUCGACCACAAACUCUGGCCAAAAAGUUACCUAUGCCAUACAAAAGGCGACACCGGGUUCAGUUGGUGGCGGAGUAACUGCAGCCGGCAAUGCUGUGGGAGGAACUACAAUUGGCCCCAAUACAGUGAUUACCCUGUCCAAUGUGAAGCUCCAGAGUGACGAUAACACGGUGGUUGGUGGUGGAACUGGUUCCAGUGUCAAUAUCAUCAAUACAGCCAGUGGACAACAGUUGGCCGUGCACAGUAUAGCGGGAAUGCAGCAGCAGCAAUCGACGCCUCUCAUGGUCACGGCUCCCACUCGAAAUAACGUGCAGCAGCAGCAGCAACAACAACAGCAGCAGCAACCACAAUUGGUCCAACAACAGCCAAUUGUGUGGCGACAAGUGAGUGGAACGAAUACCGCAGUGGCCACCACAGUUGUGUCCACCACACAGGAUUCAUCCUCGCCAGCGGCGGUGGGCAAUAAGAUUCUGUGGACAAGUAGACCCACCGGGCAGCAGAAGCGCCAGAUCAAUGGACCUGAAAAUACAGACAUCAACAAAUUGUUGCUUAAUCGCAAAUUCUCUCAGCGCAAAUUGGUUACCCAAGCCACCGGAGGACAACAGGCGGGUCAGCAGCAGAUACAAUUGACAAAACAGCAAUUGCAGCAACUGGUGCAGCAGGAGGACGAUGAUCUAGUGGCCACCACCACAGGGACGGUGGGUGAAGAAGUCGAUAUUAGUGCCCUACUUCACACAUCUGAAAUGUACGAUCGUCAGGGAAGGCAAAAGAUUAUCAAGAUGUCCGCCAAUUCGGCAGCAACCAUUGCGGCAAAUCACAAUUAUAGUUUGCAAUCGGCUCCAGCUUUAAUAACCACCUCGCAGGCGGCACCAGGCCAACAGGCCAACAAAAUAUUCCUUACCAGCAGCAAUAGCGGAGGUGGACCCCUGGCCAUUGCCAGUGAGUUGCAACUGGUGAAGCGUCACUAUAAAGAGCUGCCGCUGCCCAAUUCCAAUCUCAAGUUAAAUUUCAUGAGCAGCAGCGGCGGAGGAGUCGGUGUGACGGGAGUCGGCGGCGAGACAACAACAACAACAUUGGUGACCCAAGCCCAACAGCAAGUGGGUGCCACAACAGUUCUACUGAAUAAGACAACAGGUGCCCAGAUGCAGGCACAGCAGCAGGCAGUGGCAGUGGGCACUGGACCGCAUCAAAAGCUAAAAAUGGUGACCACUGGCAAUUCCCAGACUGGUGGCGAUAAACGCGUUCUCUAUACCAGUUUGUUGAAUGUCAAGCCGCUGCACAAGAACAACAGUGGCCAGAUGCAAAUGCAAUUGGGUCCAGGGGGAUUGCAACAAGUGUUGAGAGGACGAAUCAAUAAUUCGGCUAUAUUCACCAGAACCCUUCCGCUGGGCACCACAGUCAACAGCACGGGGGGCGGCAAUGGCGGGGGCGGAGCAACGGCAACCACAAUAAGGCAAUUGGUUACCACAACCUCCGCAAAUAAUGCCAAUAAUGUGAGCUCCAGUGAUGGCGCCAUCAUCAAUGCCAAGGAUAUGGGCAAGACUCUAACGGUCGAACAGGUGAUAGCCAGUGCUAAUAAUGGUGGUGUAGUUCUGCCCACCAAUCAAGCAACUAACAACAACAACAACAAUAAUAAUAACAACAACAAUGGCGGAGGAGCCGGCGGAGGCGGAGUGGGUGUCGUCGAUGUUGGUGGUUCGGCAACAGUUAGUUCCACCACAAGCAGCAGCAAUGCAACGGUCGGAGGAACUGGAGUUGGAGCAGGAGCAACAACAGCAGCAGGAGGAGGAUCAGCUAGUCAAAUGACAUCCACCAUCAAUAGAUGAGACGCGGAAGCUAGCUAACCUCGUGUUUGCCCACUGAAUCUACCCUUGCCCAGCGGCUCAUCAUCGCUCAAUCUGGCCAACAGUAUGCCAUGUGUGAUGUUUGCCCUGGAUCAAUUGCUAAGGCCUCAAUGCUGUUGUGCACUCUGUACGGUUGGUGGCAAGCAGGCCAAAGCCUGAAAAAGGAACCCAAAAGGACACACACACACACACACGCAGAGAGGUCGGAAUUCCCCAGCAACAACAACAACAACAAAAACAAAAACCAACAAUUAUGUAGAUUAUAAAUAGAAUUUCAUAGGAAACUCCCCCUCUAAAUAUGCUAUACAAAAUUUAUAUGUAUAUACAUAUAUAUGUAUGUAUGUAUAUA